AUGGGCGGUGAAAUGCAAGCAGAGGUAGUGGAGGACCUCUGCUUGGCUUUCUGCCGUGACACCCGAAGCGACUCCUCCUCCACUGCUGCAGAAAAGUUCAGGCAUGCGCUUAUCACGAACGCGAACGGCGAAGAGGUUCGGCUGAACCAGCUUCGUCUUGGCAUACACAGUGGAGUAGCUCUGAGCAAGGCGCUCAAGACCAUGAUGCUGUCAUCUCUCAACCUACAUGGCAACGUCCUAAGAGACGUCGGAGCCAUCGCUCUCCUACAGCUUCUGCGUGGACAUGAAACCCUCCGACAUCUCAACUUGGGCAGCAACGACAUCACCCACGAUGGCGGAAUAGCAUUUGCGCGGGAGCUGAGCACUUUAAGACUUCUCUCCCUGGAGCUCGGGUCUGAUUUGAGCUCAAUGUACACCAACAGAUUCAACAAUAAAGUUGGAGUUGCCUUUGGGGAGCAGCUCAGCGCCAACACAAUCCUUCGGAAGCUCGGACUGUCGAACACGGGCAUUGGUAGGAUGGAAGACAAGCAGGAGGACGAGAAGCAGGAAGCUGCACAGUCUCUCGGAAGAAUGUUGAAGGUCAACACUACUCUAGAGGAGCUCAAGGUCGCCUCCAAUAACUUCGGGACAGUUGGAUCAGUUCUCAUCCUCAAGGGCCUCAUGGAGAACAGCGCGCUGGUUGAGCUCGACCUCUCAGGAAACAACGCAGGAGCAGAUGCUGGAGUGAUGGCUGGAGAGACACUGACAACCAACUCGACACUGACUUGUUUCUCUCUUGCUCGCAAUAAGAUCGGGUUUCAUGGUACCUCUGCCAUGGCUGCUGCUCUCGUCUCAAACUCCCGAUUGACCGUCCUCGACCUCUCCGACACUCAAAUGCAGGAUCGUGGAUGCAUUGCAAUGGCAAAUGCAUUGGAGAGCAACUGCUGCCUGACACACUUCAAUGGGAGUCGGAACGGUAUCUCUGAGCAAGGAGGUUUGGCAUGGGCUGAUACUCUGUGGGCGAAUUCCACGCUAAAGAGUCUCAACCUUUCAGAAAAUCCUCUCGGAGAUGAAGUAGCGGUCAACAUAGCAGGCAAGAACAGCAUGCUGCUGCUGCUGCUGCUGCUGCUCGCCUUGGUGUCUGACUUGGGCUCAUCGCUUGUUUGUUUCCUUGGGAAUGGAGCAGGAGUUCUCUCGCAGAACGACUCGCUGAAGAAACUAGAGCUCUCCUCCUGCAAGCUGAAGAACACUUCCCUCACCCGCCUGCGACUUGCCAACAACCUCAUCUCCGAGACAGGAGGCAUGCUUCUCGCUGGUGAGGAGGAGAAGGUCGCGCAUGCUUCUCUUCUUCGCGUACAGAAGGAGUGCUCGAGAAAGAAGCAAGCGACUGAAUCAAAAGAACCAAGUGAACUAGCUGCGCAAAUUCGAGUAUUGAAGCGGAAGGAGCAAAAGAUCCUCGAGUACGAGUUCAGGAUCGGGAAGGCGUUGGCGGCGCGCAAAGAGGCAGAGAAGAUCCUCGGGGAAGAGAAGAGGAUGUUCGAGGAGGCUCAGGGCGAGUGGAGGAUGAAGAUCGACGAGGCGCAGGGCGAGCUCAACGAGCUGUUGCAGGCGGUGGAGGAUGCGGAGCGACGGCUGGAAGAGAAGACGACGGAGAAGCAGCUUCUGCUCAAGACACACGCGGAGAGGAUGGAGGUGCUGGGAGUGGAGGAGGGCAGGCGAGGCUCACAGGAAGCAGGAGAUAGAGAAGGCCAUCAAGCUGCACGAGGAGGAGGGGAGCAGCUGAAUAAGCUCAUAGCCGAGGCGACGAUGCAGCUUGCGGACGUGGAGCAGAGCAAGAAGGAGCGGGUGGAAGGGCUGAGAAGCGAGCUCGAGCAGAACCAGCAGCAGAUCCUCGAGCUGGAGAAGGAGACAAGAGCCGCGCAGGAGAAACUGCGACAGCUGGAAGCCGAGAAGCAGCAGGCAAGCAGAACACACGCGAUCGAGUCGACGAGUGCGGGAGGGCGCGAGCGGCGGAACCACCGGCAGCUCAACCACCAGCAGCAGCAGCAGCAGCGAAGAAGAAGGCGAAGGAGAAGCGAAAGUGAGAAGCAAGAAGUGGACUGUGUGAAUAGGAGGGAAGUGAAGGAGGAAGAGGUGCAGGAGUGGAGGUGAUCGUAGCAGGAGGAGAAUGUGCAAGCGAGGGAGAUGAAGAAAUUUCAAGCUGAGCGCCUAGAGUCCCAUAAACCACGAGACCGGCAGCUGCAUAGCUGCCAGUCCGAGAACGAAGUACUCCUUGCCUUGGCUCCUCUGCUGAGCGCCAGCAACGUUGUGUGGGAUGAGCCCAGCGGAGACGGUCUUGAGCAUGAAGAAGGACAUCGCAGCGCCCGUGUAAAGCCACACGAGCCAGUAGAAACUCCUCCCGAGGAAGAUGUAGGCUAACUUGGCGAGAACAAUCCCGACGUACUUGUACCCACUGAAUGACACGAAGUCGAGGAAGGAGGCCGCUGGGCCUUCCAGCAAGUAGAACCCCAGCUUGAGCAGAAGCACCUCAAGCACCAGCACUGUCAGCCCGCUGCUCGCCGUCUUUCCCAGCACCUCAGGCGUGAAGCUGUUCUCCCAUCCCUGAUUGAGCCCGCACAGCACGAUGUAGGUGACAAACGCCUCCUGCAGCAUCCGAUGCCCUGAAUCGAAGAACUGCGCCCCUGAAGAUGCUGCCAUAUGCAGCAUGGCGUUAUCAAAGCCGUCAUUGGGCUCGUCGCGCUGUUCGUGCGGUUGAUGUCUCCGCAUUGCUGAUGAUGUGGA